AUGACUUGUUCGAAGACAAAGUACAAUUUGAAGUGCAAAAUACUCGCGCGAAAAGUCAAUGAUAAGGCUGUUUGCAAGCGCGCAUCAGCACUAAAUGGCGGUAUCAAAUGCGAUAUUGAGCACCCACCAGCCUUGGGUCGCGAAUUAUUUAUGGGCUGUGGGAACUAUCACGCUCGUAUUCGCUUCACUGAUAAUGGCUCUGUUCGGCUUAUUCGAGUUCCUCGAAUGAAUAGCAGUAUCCCCCAAUCACUCGCCAACUACCUGGUCAGGAGCAAAUACGCAACUCUCAAAUUCCUCGAGACUACUCAAGUGCCGGCUCCUCGUGCCUUCGACUAUGGCAUCAGUUGCGACAGUAACAACUAG